CACUCUCCCAUUCUGAAAUCUCGAGUUGUCGACUUGACUUUCUAUUUCUAGCACUUUAGGGUUCCGAAAUCAGAAGAUUUGAUCUCAUGCUCGGUUUCCCCUGUUUAAGUCUCAAACAGUUACAACUUUCCUCUUCUUCUGUGUCACUGUGAGUAUUGAGCCUUGAAAUCAAAUCCUUCAAAGCUUUUGAAUUUGCACUAUUUUUUUUUUUUGGUUCCUGAAAACAAAAGGAAAGAGAAAGGGGAUGUUGUCGGCCUUGUAGAUACAGAGUUUUGUUUUGGUUUAUUUUCUGGUUCGUGGUUUUGCUGCCGUCCAAAUUGAACGUUGUUAUUUAGAACAUGUCAAGUAAGAAAGAAGAAAAAGCUGAGGCUGCUGCUGAAAGGAUCAAGGCUGCAGCCUUGACUGCUGCAAAAGGUCUUAGUCGAGCUCAGGCUGAAAGGGCGGCAGCUGCUGCUGCCCGCAAUGUUAAUGCCUAUGGGCAGAAGGAAGAAGGACCCAGCAGAUGGCAGGAGAAAAGGGAAGCCAAGAGACAGAUGUAUUUGAUGAGUACUGAAAAGGCAGUGAGAUUGGGUGAACGAAAAGACCUCAAGUCAAAUGUAUCUACCAUUGCUGGUGCAGCUUCACAAUGCCAGAAGUGUUAUCAGCCCGGGCAUUGGACAUAUGAAUGCAAGAACGAACGUGUUUACAUUUCGCGACCGUCUAGGACCCAGCAACUCAAAAAUCCUAAACUAAAGAUGAAGGUCUCAGAAUCCUACGAUUUGGAUAAUCCAGAUAAUAUUAACAAGGAAGAGAAGAGUGAAAAGCAGUCAAAGAAAAGCAAGAGGAAGCAUCGGGCAACUUCUGAUUCUGGCAGUGAUAGUGAGGCUUCAGUGUUUGAUACUGAUGAUAGUGGGGCAUCAUCAGUUACAGGAUCUGAUUAUUCUUCAGAGGAGUCUAGUUCAGAUUACAGUUCAUCUUCUGAUUCAGAAGAGGAAAGGAAGAGGCUCAGAAGGAAGAAAAAGAAGCAAAAGAUGGGAAGGCGGCGUAGAAGGUACAGCUCAUCAUCUGAAUCUUCUGAGACAGAGUCAGCUUCUGAAUCCGAUUCUGAUGAUAGGAGGAGCCGGAGGAAGAGCAGGAGACACAGCAGAAAGCGUUAAAUUGAGGUGAUGGAGCAUAAAGGAGAGCGCUUGUGUAUGGUUCAAGAUAUGUUAAGUUUUGAAUUAGUUCAUUGUAGUUUUGGGGCUUCCUAGAUGAAGGAUUAUCCAUGUUGCCAAUGUGGAGUAAAAUAAUCUUGUAGAUGUUUCUUGUGAUUUCUUUCUUUGUAACUCUUGCUUUAUUUGAACUUGCGCUGUACUUGGGGUUCUGUUUUAUAGAUCAAAGUUUUUAUUUGUUAAA